AUGGAAGCGAAAAUUUACGUCGAUGAAAAAGCAACACCACGAUAUUUCAAGGCACGUCCGGUCCCGUAUGCACUCAAGAAAAGGGUCGAGGACGAACUUGAAAGAUUGGAAAAAGAGGGGAUAAUCUCCCCAGUGGAAUUUUCCGAGUGGGCUGCACCAAUUGUACCAGUGAUGAAAACUAAUGGAGAUGUCAGAAUUUGUGGUGACUGUAAAUGUACUGUAAACCAAGUGUCAAAACUGGACAAUUAUCUGAUUCCUAAGACGGAGGAUUUGUUAGCUACCCUGGGUGGUGGAAAGAAAUUUACGAAGCUAGAUAUGUCGCAAGCAUAUCAACAAUUGAAAUUAGAUGAAGAUUCCAAGAAAUAUACUACAAUCAACACGCAUAAGGGGUUGUUCCAGUAUAACCGGUUACCGUUUGGAGUUUCAUCGUCUCCUGGCAUCUUCCAACGAGCAAUAGAGAAUUUAUUGCAAGGCAUCCCACAUGUCGUCGUGAGAAUGGACGAUAUAUUGGUCAGCGGUGAAGAUGAUACAGCUCAUUUGGACAAUCUGAGUUCGGUUUUGUCAAGGCUUUUGGAAGCUGGUCUGCGCCUGAGGCAAGAGAAAUGUUGUUUUAUGCAACCAGAGGUGAUCUAUUGUGGUUAUGGCAUCAAUGGAGAGGGUGUAUAUCCUGUAGCAGCAAAGGUCGACGCCAUAAAAAACGCACCUGCACCCAGGGAUGUGACCCAACUUCGUGCAUUCCUUGGAAUGAUGAAUUAUUAUCAUUGA